CAUCGCGCGCGUCGCCCCCAUCAGCUCAGGCCCCCCGUGACGCUAUCAACCCGCGACGAGAAUGGCGGCCCCCAGGCGCCGCUAGGCCUCGGGAUGCUGCAGGGUCUGAGCGGCGGCCCCGAGCCGGCGGGGCUGCUCCUGAUCGCAGACAGCUUCGAGUGUGAGGGCCGGAGUUUGUUGAAGAGUUUUCUCAGCAGUGCAGCCCUGCGGGGGGAGACUGUCCACGUGUUUAACUUCGAAAUCUCCGAGUCAGAGUUUAGCAAUGGCCUGGACGAUGGUGUCAGGGCAAGGCUACACUUUCACGAUGGCUUCAGUGAUCCUCUGAACUGGGACCAGACCGGGAGAUUCACCAUCGACGGCUUCACCGCACAGGAACUUCUCCGCUGCAUCGGCACGGUGGAGGAAGCCUCUCCACAGCCUUGCACAGUCGUACUGGAUUCCCUCAGCUGGAUCCUGCAACGGAAGCAGAUUGGUCACCUCUGUCGGAUUCUCCAGGAUUUCCAGCGAGGAGUGGCCAGUGCAGGCUUGAAGAUCAGGAAAGUGUUGGGACUGCUGCACACUGACCUGCACCAGCCAGAGGUACUGGAGGUUGUGUCACAAAUGGCGAGCACCAUGGUAACGUUAAGCCCCUUUCCCAAGGGCAGCGGAAUGCGGACAGAAUUCCCUCCAUACGCCAUAGCCGCUACGGUGCACAAGCGGAAAUCUGGAAAAGUCCUGAAGAAGACUGCUCGCCUUUACCACUGCAGACAGCUCCCCUUUACCCUGCGGACUGCUCCCCUUUAA